AUGCAGGAUGUCUUCAAAAAGAGUUCAAAUACCUACUUUGUCUCUGAAGAAAGACCCACCCUGAGCUUCAAUGCGGAGACCUGCCCAAACUUUGCUGAAACUCUGCCGACUGAAAUUAGCUUGAAUAUAUUCCGUAAACUGGACACUCGCAGCUUGUGUAAUGCUUUGUUAACUUGCAAAUUGUGGUACCAUAUUAUUGAAGACAGUGAUCAUAUUUGGAGGGAUCACUGCCUGGUUGUAAGAGCUGUCUGUCAGCGAGAGAUUGACGGGGACAGGCAAGGUGGAAUGUCAUGGAAGGUCACACUAGUGCGGAACUAUAAAAGAAGCUUUUUGAAGAGGGACUGGUUGAGAGGAAGAUACAGCAACGUUCAUUGUGCAGAUGAACUCCUAGACACAUACAUGUGUCCCCUGGAUGUUGAGACGUGGGGCGAGAUUCUAGAAGCAGAACUAGAUAGAUAG